AGACUUAAAUGUCAUGCGUACAAACUCAACACUAUGACGUCAGUGAGCCAGUUCACAAACCUAGACCUCUGAAACCAAAGUCCAGUGCACUAAAUGUAAGGCCACAUCGUUUCCCACAAUUCCACGUGCAUGUCAUAUAAACUGUUUCAUUAAAUGACCCAUACGGUCCUGCGCACGCAAUCCUAAUUAAUGUCUGUGAGUAUCUGAAAGUCACAUGUUUAAGCAGCAAAUUAAUAAAUGAAUGUGAGUUCACAUCUAUGAACAUUUUCAUAUACUCCCAAAGUUGAUUAUUGAUCGCUUCACGGGUUUAUUAUAGUUAGUUUGUUAGCUCAGUUGGUAGGACCAUGCAAUAUCAUCGCACGCGUCACGGGUUCAGCUCCUGUACAGGUCUGAAUUUUUCAGGCCUAAAAAUUACUGCGAAGGUCAUUCUUAUAUUCAUGUAUUCAUGUAUUUAUCUGCAGUUCACAUUUAUGAUUUUCACGUAUAUUCACGUUCAGUUUUGAUAAUGUGUGUUCAUUUCCGCAACUGUGUGAAUUCAGAUCCACUUGUGGGGGUAUGGACUCUCAAAUUCCAAUAAACGUCAGCUUCUUGCUGCAUUUUGUACGAAUAGCGCGCGGGCUCACUUUGGAACCCUUUCUCAUUAUGACGACACAGUGCUUGAUAUCACAGUCAGAUCUCGAAUGUCACGGCUAAGCGACAAUGAGGAGAAAACAUUUCUUCGUCAUUCUUCUCUUCCUUUCGUCUUUGUACGUUGCACUAUCGGCUCGAAUCCCUCUUUGUGGCUGGGAACUUGGAGUGCGCCGAAGGAGUUCGAACAUGAUUCCAGAUAGUCAAAUGAGUUCCUCGAGUGAAGACCCGAACUAUCCCGCGGCGAAUGGCCGACUCAAAGACAAGGGUUGGUCCCCGGAUGAACACAACGCCGAGGACAAGACUCCCUAUCUUCAAAUAGACCUUGGUGGACUGUAUCUAGUUUGUGGAUUUAAAAUCCAAGGCUGUUCCGGUAUGAGGCCACGCCCCGCCUGGGUGAUAAGAUACAGGGCUCAAGUAUCACCAGAAAAGGACUUUUGGGACGACUGGAAUUAUAUCAGGCCGGAGUUCCACGGAGGCAUAUCAGCUAGUGCCUUGAUCUACAGUAACGCGAAAGAACGAAAAGUUGGGCAAUAUGUCAGAAUAUUUCCAGUGUCUUUUAUGGCUAAGAUAUGUAUGAAAAUAGAAAUCUAUGGACAUCCUUACAUAGCCGGGAACCGUCCGGUAUUCGUCUUUAUGCCCAUGCAUGGUGGCUUUCUCGGAAAAAUGUACUACACCCGCACACAGGUGAAGAAAGUGGAAGGUACUUUGGUAACAUUGAAGGACGGGAAAGAGUACAAUCUUGAGCAAGAUUUUGCGCAGAUUGUUCCACUGUAUAAACCGCUGGUAGAAGAGCUCAGAGUUAACGCAUGUGUUAUUGUUUUGGAUGGAUAUCAGUACAAAUCAGGUCGCGUUCAUGGAAAGAAGUAUGGACACUAUCUAAUAGAGAUUUUAGAUGAAGAUAGACCACGAAUGUUCAAAGUCAACCAAAUACAUCCUGUUUUUAAUGCUUGGUGUGGAAAAAUCGACUUUUAUUCAAGUCAAUCUCGAAUCCGCCAAGAUGGUAUGUGUGGUGGAAUGAUCGUGCGAGUAGACUCCAAGAUUGUUUUCAAACCGAGCGGACAAAGUAUCUUGAUUCGAAUUUCUUAUCAAAUGAAAGAUCGAAAGAGGAUUGAUUUUAUGAGCGGCGAAGCGGUGGAUCCUGGAAAAGUUGUUUUGGGUGAAAUUGUCCUGUACGAGGAUAUGCAGGGAUGUAUUGCAAAAGGAAAGGUUACCUCCUAUAUGAAGCCACAAAACCUCUUUAUUAUCGAUGGAAAGCGCAUUAGAACCAGCAAAGUUCGUUCCUUAAGAUUUUUCGAUGACGACUGCAAGAGUGGAGAGUGGCAUUGUGAUCACAGCAGAUUUCCCUUCAGAGGAAAUCGAAGGAAGUGUCCAAAGCAAAUGACUUACAAUUUGAAAAGAUGUGCAGAUGAAGAUGAGUGUAAGACGGGUUUUGCGUCGUGUGCACCAGACGCCGUCUGCAAAAAUAGCCCAGGGUUUUACAAGUGCUCAUGCCCCACGGGUUUCAGGAGUAGAAACCCGCGAAAAGAAACUUGUCGCGACAUAGAUGAAUGUAAAGAGGGACCAUGCCACAAGGAUGCGCAUUGUAUAAACACCCCAGGGGUUUUCUAUUGUCACUGCAAGAAGGGAUUCGAGGGCGACGGCAAGAAAAGAUGUGACUACCGGGAUGAGUGUAAAGUUGCUGCCAACAAGCAAAAGUGCGAACAACACAAACACGCUGUCUGCGUGAGCUUCCCAGGUGAAUUCAAAUGCCAGUGUAAAGAGGGAUAUUACGGAGCUGAUAUUAACUCUUGUAAACUUGCCGAUGAAUGCAAACUUGGCAUCCACAAAUGUCACAAGUGGGCCAAAUGUGUGAAUACAGAAAAGAGUUAUGACUGCCACUGUAAAGAUGGGUUUGAAGGGAACGGAAAGGAAUGCAGGGACAUCGACGAAUGCAGUAAUUGGAGAGAGAAUGAUUGCUUGCAUAGUGAUACUGUUGUCUGCAAGAACACCAACGGUUCUUACGAGUGCGUUUGUGCGGAGGGUUAUACAGGGGAUGGAAAACAGUGCAAGAACAUUAACGAAUGCAGGACUGGUUCCCAUAAAUGCGUGAAGUACGCCGAGUGCAUCGAUAAGCUAAAAUUGUAUGACUGCAAAUGUAGAGUGGGUUUCCAUGGAGAUGGAAGAAAGGAAUGUACACCAAGUUCUGAAUGUAUGAGAAAUAUUCCUGACUGUGACCUUCCAAGAGCAACUUGUGAAGAAACUUCAAAAGGAAAGUUCAAAUGUAGCUGCAAGCCUGGUUACAAAGGAGACGGCAAGAAAUGUGCUGAUAUCGAUGAAUGCAAGAAUGACAUAUGCGACAAAAAUGCAGAGUGCAAAAAUCUUCCAGGACACUAUACGUGUACUUGCAAGAAAGGAUACCGCGGAAAUGGCUUGUCUUGUUCGGAUAUCGACGAAUGUGAAACUGGAUGGGCGUGUGGUGAAAACGCCGAAUGUGUGAACAACGAUGGUUCAUUCUGGUGCAACUGUAAUAAAGGGUACCGUGGAAAUCCUCCAUCUGAAAAAUGCCAGGAUAUCGAUGAAUGCAAAGUAGUGGACUGCGGUUAUGGAUUGAACUGUAACAACACUGUAGGGGCUUACGUUUGCUCUUGUGCUAAAGGCUUCCGUCCAACCGAGGCAAAACCUGGGGAAUGCCAUGAUAUUAAUGAGUGUGAUACCGAGUAUCCGUGUGGAAUGUAUAAUUAUUUGGAGUGCGUGAAUCAGCCUGGAAAUUAUACCUGUCACUGUAAAAAGGGCUACCGCUUUAACAAAAAGCACAAAGAAUGUCAAGACAUAAAUGAGUGCAGACAAAGAGCUAAAUGCGUGGAGAACUCAGUAUGCUUGAACGCUGAAGGAAGCUACGCUUGUGUCUGCGCCAACGGAUAUUCCGGCGAUGGAAAAUACUUUUGUGAAGCAACUGAUGCGACGGUGAGCAUCUUACACCAGACUGACAAAGUAUUAUUUCUCUUGUUCAUUAUUCUUGUUUAUUAUUUCUCUUAACCGUCCUGAUAACAAAUUUUUGAAGUAUUGAUGUGUUGCUCACGGUGCACCUUUGGUGGAUUCAACAUUAAAGCUGUUUUUGACUACCUUUGGAUUUCAAUAAAAAUUCUUGUUAUUUUUCCGAGAUGCGCCUUAGUUACAACGACCUAAGGUGUGACGUCACACCGUUUGCAAGGAGAGGUAGCGUACGUUGAAAUUUUACUAAGUUUCUUGAUAAUAAAAUUUCGAGCAACAACUGUUCUCCACC